AUGGAGGUGCUCUCUCCUCGAUCUGGGAACCUGCCAAUGGCACCUCCACCAAAGCCAAUCAAGAAACCAAAGGCCUCAACAAAUCCCAAGCCCCAAGACAAGCCCACCAAUCCCGAUCGCAUUGAAGACAAAUGGCGGCCUCCCGUUACAAUCACCGAGCCAGGUGCUUCCCCAGAGACUUAUCUCAUAGGCAAGAAGCUGGGCAAAGGGGGCUUUGCUGUCUGCUUUGAAGGCAAAAGCAAGAGGACAUCCGCAGUCCUUGCUCUCAAGGUGGUCAAAGCCAAAGUUGAACAGAAGAAGAUGAUGGAGAAGUUCCGGACCGAACUACAAAUACACGCAAAGAUGCACCACCCCAAUAUUGUCGAGUUCCUACGUGCUUUCACAAUUGAAGAUCAUACUUAUGUUGUUCUUGAAAUGUGCCCCAAUGGAAGCUUGGCCGAGAUGGUCAAAGCUCGAUCAUGCCUUAGCCUGCCUGAGGUGCGACGUUACAUGGUCCAGAUAUGUGGUGGAGUCAAAUACCUACACAGAAGAUCUGUCAUUCACAGAGAUCUGAAAAUGGGCAAUAUCUUCAUAGAUUCAUGUAUGAAUCUCAAGAUUGGUGACUUUGGUCUUGCUGCCGUCAUGGCUGAUGAACAAGACCGAAGAACUACCCUGUGUGGGACUCCCAACUAUAUUGCACCGGAAAUCUUGAGUAAGUCUGGUAAUCGUGGUCACGAUAACAAAGUCGAUACAUGGGCCGUUGGAGUCAUUUGCUAUGCCAUGUUGAUGGGCACGCCGCCCUUCCAGUCCAAGACACAGCAAGAAAUCUAUUCCAAACUAAAGACCUUGGAGUACGAGUGGAAACUUGACAGCAAGAAUUAUAUCCCCCAGCAAGCAAAGGAUUUCGUUUCGUCUUGCUUGAACUUGAACUCCGCCGACAGGCCCGACAUGGAUCAACUUGUGGACCACGACUUCUUCACUAUGGGUUCAAUUGCAGAUCAACUGGAACUUACUUGCCUGAAAGGCACUCCUAUCUGGCUUGAGAAUGCUGAUCCCCGAGGAGAUAAGGUAAAGCCAGGCUUCGGGAUUAGUCAUUCAAGAAUAUGUCGUGAAUGUGGUGUUGGUAUUGGUUCUGAUGGUUGCCCUCGUGCAAGUGUUGGUAUCGGAGCCAACAUAUCUGCGCUCGUCGAAAUUGAAGCCGAAAACAGAGAAGGAUGUGCUCCAUCCAUUCCACUACCCACGGGAAUUCUCUACAAACAAUUCUCGCAGGCACAUGCGGAUUGGAUCGCCCAUCAAAAGCAGCCAUUGUUACCGACUCGACCACGAAAUCGGAAGCCCGAAACUUUAUCAUCUGGUCGGUCGGUGAGUUCCAGCGUGGCCAUGAAAUCCGAAUUCGAACAAAUGGACAUCGCUAGUGUCAAAACCACAAUUCAUGGAGCGAUCUCAACGAAACACUUCCAAAGCUUUGCCGCCCAGCAGAGGCAACAGGCACUCCCUGCUGCUGUUCCCCGGAUGGUGGAAAUGGCCCCGAAAGAUAAUCCUAAGGUGGCCGAAAAAGUUGGGGCAGAUGUACCGGUGCCAGCACUUCUCAAUCAACGGCCAUUGAGAGCGGCUACAAUUCGAGCGACCAGAAGCGCGGCUUUGAAGGAGCAACUACCCACAAUCUCAAAGACAUUACCUCGAUCAAACACCCUGCCAAACACGAUAGAAGCCCUUGCAAAGGAAAUCGAAGCAGAUGUUGAGAAGUUUGAAAGCCGUCGAGUGAAACAGGUAGCGUCUUCUACUAAGGUCUCGAUCAAGAACGACUCAGGCACGAAAUCAGUACGAUCAAUCGCGGCAGUUGAUAAGACAGCGCCAUCUGUACCUUCGUUAUCCACAGAUAUUUCAAACCGAGUGCUGCAAGCAGCGACUGGCAACGAGCGCAAAGUGCCGUCUGACGAGAACAAGACAGAUCCUACGCCGUUCAGAUCCACUGUCAGGCAUCGAACUGCUUCCAAAGCCGCUCUAGAAGUUCUUCGUUCCCUACCAAGGGCUCAUAACAGAAUAAUAGCACUUGAUGACCCCUACGAAUUGGUCAGAAAGACUGGCAGUGCAGAUGUGCUUGACUCACUUCGGGCUGUAGUUCAUGCACUCGACAAUCGAUCGGCCGAUGAUACUCCCCGGCGGCCUCGAUCUGCUUACGGAAGUCGGAGAGCACGACCCAACACAACGUAUCCUAGAGUGGACAAGUGGGUGGACUAUUCAACCCGUCAUGGUAUUGCAUAUAUCCUUAGUGAUGGCAGUGUUGGGAUGAUUCUAAGGUCAUCUGAUGACAAUGUCAGAGCGAGCAGUUGUGUGGUCGUGCGAAAUGGUAGCCACCACACUAUACGGAGAGCCAAGGGUCUGGACUAUCAAUUCGUCCCUCAAGGCCCUGAAGCUCACAACAUCGAGUUUUACGAGCAAACUGACUAUGCUAAGGAGAUGAAGCGCCUAGAUGUCCCUUCGAGCAAGUUCCAAUUAGACCUGGAUAACCAUCCAAACCAGAUGGCCGCUCUGAAUGCCGUUCAAAUAGGUCUAGAGGGUAGCGAGGCUGAGCGUAUGAAGGAAAUCGCUCUUUUGGACAAGUUCGGGAAGUACAUGAACAAGCAGACCGGCAACUGGGAUCCUUCCAACGGUAAAAGGGUCAGGAGCACGAUAUUGGUUCACUUCUAUCAACGAGUGGGAAAUGUUGGUGUAUGGAGAUUUGUGGACGGUGGACUACAAUUCAACUUCCCAGAUCAUACCAAGGUUUCAGUUUACGAACAGCGAGAUGAGAACGGUGAUGAAAGGUAUAUGGUGGACUUUGUCUAUCUGUUAUCGACUGACGCAACGAAUUUGGCCAAUCUUGGAAUGGCGAGCGGAGAGGCUUUGGAGCGAAGAGGCACAAUGAGCAUUCCACUGGAAGAAAUCCUGGGUGAUGGAUUGCGACGGCUUGAGGAGGAAGUUUUGAGAACCAACGAAAUCAGGGAAAAGCUGUCCUGGAUCCGUGCUGUUGUUGGAUGUUGGAUCAAACAUGAUGGAUUGGGGAGAAUGGGAGAGGAACGAUUGGGCUGGAGUGGACUACAGGAACGCAUGGGUGGACCAAAAAUCAAGUUGCAAUGGGUAACUGUUGGGCGACCCGGUGGUGAUGGAGAUGGCCAGUUGAAGUCGACGAAAAGUUGA